AUGAAUCGCAACACUCUCGAGAACGCUGGAAACAGAAAAAUCAAUGAUCCGCCGGCUGAAUUAGCUGAACAGAAGAAGAAUGGUAAACGCCGCUGGAUGUCUCAACUUAAGAGUUGGGUUGCUGCUUCGGAGCCGUCGGCUCAGGCCUUGAAACAGUAUAAGAAAGAAACCUACGACAGGGCUCAUCUCUCUCUUGAUGACCCUCAAGCGAAUGCUAAGCUUCACUUACCAAUUGGUACCCUUCCACCGAAUACAAUUAAACCAGCCGGUUCGGGACCUGAUCCUGAGGAGAUGUUCUUGAAACGGGCAGAACAACGGAAAAGGAUGCGACGUUCGGGCACCGGGUCUUAUGAAACUUACCAAGGCUCGAAAUCGAGUUCCAGUCGCUAUUCGGCUUCUAGUAGCACUGCCUUUGGUGCUGCAAGAGAGGUUCUGUAG